GUACAUAAUGUAAUGUAAACAAAAGACAAAGCAAUGUUUUUACAUUUAUAAAAUCAAAUAGAAUAAAAUAAAAUAUAGGAGAACGCGGUAGAACAAAUAUGCCAAAUAAAUUAAAAUAUUUCAUUUUAACCGGCGACCCGGGAGUUGGAAAAACAACACUUACGAAAAAGCUAUGUGAAGCAAUUCAAAAGUUGGGUACACAAGCUUCGGGUUUUUACACAGAAGAGGUUAGAAAAGACAGAAUUCGUUUGGGAUUUGAUGUAGUGACAUUGGAGGGAGAGCGAGGCCGGCUGGCGAGAGACCAGAGUUUGUUGACAGAGCCAGUGAAGUACAAUGUUGGGAAAUAUGGAGUGCUGGUGCCUGAGUUUGAAAGUAUCGCCCUGUAUAGUAUGAGGAAACUAUCCCCGCCAUCCCUUCUAGUAAUAGACGAGAUAGGUAAAAUGGAGUUUUUCAGUGCGCCAUUCAAAUCCAAGGUGAAGGAGGUAUUCAGCCCAGGAUCGGACUGCUUUGUUUUGGCCACUAUACCUAGUAGAAAGGUAGAUCCGUUCAUUGAGUCUAUCAGGAGUAAUAAGGAUGGGAAAGUUUGGGUGGUGACAAGGGAAAACCGGAACUACAUUCACGAUGAAAUAUUAAAGGCAAUUAAGUUAUCACUAGAGAUUUCAUAGUUAAAAGUUAUGGAGGCAUUGUUUUACGAUAAUACUUACGAUAAAGUGCUUUAUGGUGUUAAAUAACUAAUUAAUUUAACUACCUAGGUAGUUUAAUAUAAUAUUUUUUGAUUGUA